CAAAACUCAAAUUUGAGCAGCAGCAGCGACUCUACAUCAGACACAUCCUCCUUCUUGCUCUCUGCUGCUCUGCGUGCUCAAACUCUGCUGUAUACUUCUCUUCUUCUAGCUGCGGCAGCUACACUCUCGUCAUGUCUGGACAACGCUCCACAAAACUAGGGCCAGCACCCGAAUUCACUGCCAUCAUCCUCGCUGGUCCAGGCGGCAAUCUCGCACCCCUCUCUGAUCCUGAAAACAUGCCGAAAUGCCUCUUACCAGUCGUCAACAGAGCCAUGAUCUCCUAUCCUCUGAGCUGGGUGGAAAAAGCAGGCAUCACACACUGCCUUGUGCUGUGUCUUGAAGAACACGAGACUGCGAUUGCCGCCUGGAUGAAGCAGACGUGGGCCAAAUUAUCCACAGCAGGACUCAAACCGACCCUUGUUGCCACCUCAUCAGAUGACGAAUUGGUCGGUAGUGCAGAUGCCAUUCGCUUAUUGAUGAAGAAUCACACAAAACACAAGAUUCGCUCGGACGUGGUGAUUCUUGCUUGCGACACAGUAUGUGAUGCUGCGCCCUAUGCAUUGCUGGACCAGCAUCGGCUAGCGGAAGCGAGUUUCACGGCGUUGUAUCAUCGUCAGCACGGCGAAGACAUCAUGACUCCUCAAAAACGGGCGAGCAAGACAUUCACUGGCUAUGAAGCAGAGACCAAUACAUUAUUGCUCAGUCAAUCUGAAGCGGAUUUGGAAGGUGAUGAACUGGAGGUACGCAUGUCGAUGUUGUGGAAGUACCCGAAAGUCGAGUUGACCACCACCUUGCAAGAUUGUCACUUGUAUGUCUGCAAGAAAUGGAUCCUAGACCUCAUCGUCAACCUACCAGUCCUCUCCCGUCUCAAUACAGAACUACUGCCCUUACUGUGUAAAGCACAAUUUCAAUCACUCACGCGCCGCAAGUACGAUAUUCGGGAUGAUGUUCGCUGCAGUAUCCACAUCAUGGAACAAGACCCGCCUGUCCCCUUUUGUGGCCGUGUCAAUAUGACACAAUCCUACAUUGACAUCAACAAACAUGCGCUGCGUGUGACGACGCAACCACGUCUAGGCGCCAAUGUCGUCCUUGGCGAUCGAUCUACCGUCGGACCUGACUCGUUGGUGGGAGCGGACACCUUGAUUGAUGAUAAAGUCACCAUCAAACGUACCAUCCUCGGUGCCCACUGCAAGAUUGGGAAAAUGGCACGCUUGACGGGUUGUCUCAUUAUGGACAAUGUCAUUAUUGGCGAUUCCGUCAAGCUUGAGAAUUGUACAGUUGGACAGGGUGCCGUGAUUGGUGACCGGAGUAGUCUGCGGGAUUGUAUUGUUGGUGGCAAGUACACUGUCAGUGACAAGAUGGAAGCCAAGAGUGAGCAUUUUGUUGUAGGUGGUGAAAUUAGCAUGACACUUUAGAGAGUAAUGUCAAUCGGUGUUUGCAGU